CCCGGCGGCCGGUAGCUCUGGGGCUCGGCAGGCGGCUGACGAGUCGGGGGUCGGUGCGGUUCCCCGGGCGGCAACGCUGCUCGGCGCCGUGGACCUGCAGCGGGCUGAGACUGGGCUCCGGGCGGCGCGGCUAAUUCUGUGCGGCUCGUGGGUCGGGGUGCUGCGAGGAUCCCGGGGGGUGGACACCCGCCAUGCCGUCCCGGGUGGAAGACUACGAGGUGCUGCACAGCAUCGGCACCGGCUCCUACGGCCGCUGCCAGAAGAUUCGGAGGAAGAGCGACGGCAAGAUCCUGGUGUGGAAGGAACUCGACUAUGGCUCCAUGACGGAGGUGGAGAAGCAGAUGCUUGUGUCUGAAGUGAACUUGCUUCGGGAGCUGAAACAUCCAAACAUCGUCCGUUACUAUGAUCGCAUUAUUGACAGGACUAACACAACCUUGUACAUCGUGAUGGAAUACUGUGAAGGUGGGGACCUGGCCAGUGUCAUCACUAAGGGGACCAAGGAAAGGCAAUACUUGGAGGAAGAGUUUGUGCUCCGAGUGAUGACUCAGUUGGCCCUGGCCCUCAAAGAGUGUCACAGAAGGAGCGAUGGUGGCCAUACUGUGCUUCACCGGGAUCUGAAGCCAGCCAACGUCUUCCUGGACAGCAAACACAACGUCAAGCUUGGGGACUUUGGACUAGCAAGAAUUUUAAACCACGACACGAGUUUUGCAAAAACAUUUGUUGGCACACCUUACUACAUGUCUCCUGAGCAAAUGAGCCGCUUGUCCUAUAAUGAGAAGUCGGACAUCUGGUCGCUGGGCUGCCUGCUGUAUGAGCUGUGUGCAUUGAUGCCUCCAUUCACAGCUUUCAAUCAGAAAGAGUUAGCUGGGAAAAUCAGAGAGGGGAGAUUCAGGCGGAUCCCCUACCGCUACUCUGAUGGGCUGAAUGACAUCAUCACUCAGAUGCUGAAUUUAAAGGAUUACCACCGACCUUCAGUGGAAGAAAUUCUGGAGAGCCCUUUGAUAGCAGACUUGGCUGCGGAGGAGCAGAGGAGGCAUCUGGAGAGAAGAGGACAGCGCUUAGGCGAGCCUUCGAAGCUGCAGGCCUCCAGCCCUGUGCUGAGUGAGCUCAGGUUGAAGGAAAAGCAGCUGCAGGAGCGAGAGCGAGCGCUCCGAGCCCGAGAGGACAGUCUGGAGCAGAAGGAACGUGAGCUUUGUAUUCGAGAGAGACUGGCAGAGGACAAACUGGCCCGAGCCGAGAGUCUAGUGAAGAGCUACAGCUUGCUGAAGGAACAGAGGCUCCUGUCCCAGGCCAGUGCCUCAGAACUUGACCUUCCAUCGUCAGCAGUGAGGAAGAAAGUUCAUUUCCGUGGGGAGAGCAAAGAGAACGCCGCAAGGAGCGAGGAUGCCGAGAACCAGCUUGCCAAGACCAAGUGCAAGGACCUGAAGAAGAGGCUUCAUGCUGCCCAGCUGCGGGCCCAAGCCCUGUCGGAUAUAGAAAAAAACUACCAGCUAAAGAGCAGGCAGAUCCUGGGCAUGCGCUAGGCCAGCAGGGCGGAGCUGGGCAGUAUUGAUGCUGCCAGCCCACUGGAGAUUGGUCCUCCGCUGCUGUAGUUUGUGUGUCUGGUUCUGAGCUUGGCCUUCGUGCACAGUGAGCAUGACGCUGGGAUUGUCUGUGCUCUAUCUCAGCAGCAGGGCUACAAGAUGAACGUGCCUCCCUUUUCCCCCUAAUAUCCCUGUGUAGAAAACACGGUGCCUUUGCUGGUUGGCUGGGCCUUUAUCUUGUGUGCCAUUACUACUGGGAAUAUGAGAUGGGACACUGUAGAUUUUAGAAGAUAAUGCUAGGGAAGGAAUACAAACCUCGGGCCUUCCUGAGCAGUUUACAAGGCUGAGUGGUGUACCUGUAUCUGUCAUGCUUAGGUUUACACUGAAAAUCUGUGCAGGAGGAGCGGUGUGCCCAGCACCUGCUGCCCACAACCAUGAUGAUGAACGUGGUCUGGCCUCUUACUGUCAUCAGCUGCUUAGUGGUGGUCGGGUGUUGGUGAUUCCUGCCUUCACGGCAGUUUCUGAGUGAGGAGUCAGCUGUGCUGUGACUCUUCCCUCUUAGGGUCACGCUCUAGAGGUUAGGGAGGCAGGGGAGGCCUUUUUAGUGUGUGAUAUUAUGGGGACAGACCCAGCCAUUGACCCGACAGCCCAACAUUUUAAUGCGGUUCGUCUCAUGAUUAAAUACCCAGACUUCUUGCAUUUUAAAAUUCUGUGUCCUUUAUUUCCUGGACCUAUAAAACUUGCCUGGGUGUGUAAAUUGCAGGGUUGACUUUUCAAAUGCUGUGUAAGUUUUCUCCUGUUUGGCACUUGGAGCUGCAGAAGCAGUGCCAGGGAUCUCUUGCAGCUGCGGAUGCAAAGCCUUUGGAUCUCGGAAGCUAGGUCUUUGGUGGCAUCGUGUAAUGUUAAAAUAUGGGGAGCAGCUUGUUUGUUCUGUCUGCCAGGUGGGACUAGAAACUCAGUGGUGGCUUUUCCUACUUUUUCUUUUUUCUCCUUUGGGCUAUAAUGGCAUUGGUGUAGCAAGUGCAGAAUAAAGUCCUGUAUAUAUGAACAUUCUAAGUGUGAGGUUUUAAAUGUUCCUGAACUAUAGAAAACUUGA